AUGCACAUCAAACAGAUCAUCAUUCAAGGGUUCAAAUCCUACAAAGAACAGACCGUCAUUGAACCCUUCAGCGCGCGCCACAAUGUCGUCGUCGGCCGCAACGGCUCCGGAAAAUCCAACUUCUUCGCCGCAAUCCGGUUUGUCUUGUCCGAUGCCUACACCCACAUGUCCCGCGAAGAACGGCAAUCCCUCCUCCACGAGGGCUCAGGGACAGCGGUGAUGUCAGCAUAUGUAGAGAUUAUCUUUGACAACUCGGAUAAUCGCUUUCCGACGGGGAGGGAUGAGGUUGUGUUGAGGCGAACGAUUGGGUUGAAGAAGGAUGAGUAUUCGUUGGAUAGGAAGACGGCGAGUAAGAGUGACGUGAUGAAUUUAUUGGAGUCCGCCGGUUUCUCGAGGUCGAAUCCGUAUUAUAUCGUCCCGCAGGGUCGGAUUACGAGUUUGACGAACGCGAAGGAUCAUGAGCGUCUCCAACUCCUAAAAGAAGUCGCUGGUACGCAGGUCUACGAACAGCGCAGGUCGGAGUCGCUGAAAAUUAUGGAGGAGACGGAGUCGAAACGGCAGAAGAUUGAUGAGUUGUUGAAGUAUAUUGAGGAACGCCUGUCUGAACUCGAAGAAGAGAAGGAGGAGUUACGUGGGUUCCAGGAAAAGGACCGUGAGCGGCGGUGUCUCGAAUACACCAUCUACGUACGCGAACAACAAGAAGUAAACCUAGCCCUCGAAGAACUCGAAGAAGACCGCGCAAACAAUGUCAACGCGAACGAAGACCGAAGAGAAAUCUUCAUCGAACGCGAACAGAGGAUCCAGGAAUUGGAAGGGGAGAUUGCCGGGGUUAGGCAGAGGCUGAAUGCCCUGAGUGUGGAGAAGGAGCAGUUGGAUGAGGAGAAGAGGGAGGCGGUGAGGAAGAGAGCGCAGCUUGAGAUUGCGGUAAACGAGCUACAGGAAGGACGAGAAGGCGCAGACGAACGUCGUGAACAACACGCGCAGGAGCUCAGCGAAAUCGAGGCGGAAAUCGAGACUGCGGAAGCUGAGCUCAGUGAUUUGUUGCCGCAGUACUCCGAGGCAAAGGGCGCUGAAACCGAGGCCAAGUCACGAUUGGAUGAGGUCGAUGGCGAGUUGCAGCGUUUGUACGCCAAACAAGGCCGCAACGCACAAUUCAGCAAUAAACGCGAACGCGACCAGUGGCUCAACACCGAAAUCCAAGAAGUCCAAUCAACCCUCGCUCGCCGUACUGAACAAGAACAAACUCUUGCAUCCGACGUCGAUGAUCUGCGGAGACAGUGCGACGAAGUCGCUGCCUCCAUCAAAUCUCUCCGCCAACAACUUGAUGGACGGAAAGAUAAUAUGGCGAAGUUGAGGAAGGAUGUCGAGGAGGCGAAGAAUGUGCGUGCUGAGCUUGAUGAUCGGAGGAAGGAGUUGUGGCGUGAGGAUGCGAGGUUGGGGGAUGUUGUGUCGAACGCGCGGUCGGAGAUGGAAAAGGCGGAGCGAAAUUUGAAUCAUGCUAUGGAUCGGAAUACUUCGUUGGGUUUGGCAAGUGUGAGGAGGAUCAUUGCCAACAACUCUAUUCCGGGGGUGUAUGGACCGUUGUGCGAUUUGUUUGAGGUUGAGGAUCGGUACAAGACUUCGGUUGAGGUGGCGGCCGGUGCCUCAUUGUUCCAUGUCGUUGUUGAUACCGACACCACGGCUUCUCGUGUCCUCGAGGUCUUGAACAGGGAGAAGGCUGGACGAUUGACCUUCAUGCCCCUUAACAGGCUGAGGAAUAAACCUGCGAAUUACCCCGAAGGCGCGAACGAUGCGAUCCCCAUGAUCAAGAAAUUGAAGUUUGACGAAAAAUAUUCGCAGGCGUUUAGGCAGGUUUUUGGAAAGACAAUUAUCUGCCCGAACUUGGAUGUGGCGAGUCAGUAUGCGAGGUCGCAUCAGUUGAAUGCGAUCACGCUUGGUGGUGACCGGUCUGAUAAGAAGGGUGCGCUGACGGGUGGAUACCACGAUACCCGCCGUUCGAGGUUGGAGAGCGUGAAGAACAUUAGGAAGUGGCGUGCGGUGUUGGAUGCGGAGAGUGUUCGUGCGAAUGAGGUCAGGAAGGAGUUGGAGAGGUUGGAGCAGGAGAUCACGCAGGCACUGUCGAAUAUCCAGAUCACGGAUGCGAAGUUGAGGGCCGCGGAGGAUUCGUAUGGGCCUAUGAGGAAUGAGUUGUCAACCAAGACGAGGAAUGGGUCUGCGUUGAACGAGGCUCUGGUGAAGAAGGAGCAGAGCCAUGCGAAUGCGAAGUCUGAUCUUGCGCACUUGAAUUCUAGGUUGGAGAGUUUGCAGGCGGAGUUGAGGACGGCGUUUACGUCUACCCUGACCGCUGCCGAACAACGCAAGCUUGCGGAGUUGACGGGACAAGUGGAUGAGGCGAAGAGUGCUUAUACCGAAGCUGCAGGUCGGAGAACUGAGUUAGAGACCAAGAAGAAUAUCGUGGAUGAUAAGCUGCGAACGAACUUGUAUUUAAGACGGGAUGAGUUGAAUGAGUUGGUGAGCGAGGAUGUUGAUCCUGCGGGUCAGGGAGGAUUGGAUGCUCAGCAGGCCGAAUUGAAGAAAGCUGAUGCUGUCGUGUCGGAGCUUGCGGAUAAGUCUGAUGAGCUCGAGGCUCAGAUUGAGGAGGCGAAGACAGAGUUGAAUGAUCGUGAGGCUGAGAAGGGUCAGCUCCAGCAGCAACAGACCGAAGAUGCUCGUGCCAUUGAGAAGCAGCUCAAGGGUAUGGAGAAGAACAUGAGCAAGCGGACAAUGCUGUUACAGAAGAAGGGGGAGUGCAACCGGAACAUCCGCGAUCUGGGUGUCUUGCCUGAUGAAGCCUUCGAGAAGUAUACCAAGAUCAAGUCUGAAGUGAUCGUGAAGCGCCUGCACAAGGUCAACGAGGCUUUGAAGAAGUACGGCCACGUCAACAAGAAGGCGUUUGAGCAGUACAACAACUUCACUAAGCAACGUGAUCAACUCAUGAAGCGUCGUGAGGAACUCGAUGGGUCGCAGGAGUCUAUUGAGGAGCUUAUUGCGCAUCUUGACCAGAGGAAGGAUGAGGCGAUUGAGCGUACGUUCAGGCAAGUUUCCAAGGCUUUCUCAGAGGUGUUUGAGAAGCUGGUGCCGGCUGGUAGGGGUCGCUUAAUUAUGCAGCGCAAGGUGGAUAGGCCUCAGGAUGACGACGACGAGAGUGACGACGAGGAAACUCAGCGGGCAAAGAGCUCUGUGGAGAACUACAUCGGUGUGGCAAUCGCCGUAUCCUUCAACUCCAAGGGCGACGAACAGCUCCGCAUCCAGCAGCUCUCAGGUGGACAAAAAUCUCUCUGCGCCCUGGCCCUCAUCUUCGCCAUCCAACAGUGUGAUCCCGCACCCUUCUACCUCUUCGACGAGAUCGAUGCAAACUUGGACGCGCAGUACCGUACUGCUGUUGCGGCUAUGCUGCACGAAAUGUCCGAGCACGGACAAUUUAUUUGCACGACUUUCAGGCCGGAGAUGAUUGAGGUUGGAGAUAAAUUCUAUGGUGUUACGUUUAACAAUAAGGUUUCUGGAGUGUCGGUGAUUACGAGAGAUGAUGCGAGGUCAUUCAUUGAGGGUGCGAGUUCAUAA